CCCUGACCUCCUGGGCGGUGGUUUAGUUUUUCCCACUCUCGUGUGUUCCCAGACUCUUUACCAAUAUUUUUCCUGUCGGUCUGACCUUCUCCCUCCUUUUAUCUCUCACAUCCUUCUCUUAAAAACCCAAGGUGAUUCCCAAUUGCAAGCGAAUUGCUUCCAAAAUCUUGAUUCUCCUUACACCCAAAAGCGGUAUAGAACUCCAUUUGAAGGUAGAAACCCGCAUACGUCAUUUUCCUGACCCAGUCUAAUCCAUUCGUCAACCCGUGCAAACUGAAGCUCGGUUUUACUCCUCGGGCAACUCAAUUCACAUCCACGUCUUAUUAAUAACAUCAACACAUAAACAAUAUUCUCUUAUUCUCUUAUUGUCUUAUUCUCUCCCACUCUCCUACUCUCCCCCCUACUUGGCAUCCAUACAUCCUUAUUUUUUGUCGACCCCAUAAAUAUUUCUUUAUCCAUCCACCUAAACAUCUCACAUCUCACAUCACACACAUCGCACAUAAUGUUGUCACGAAACCUUCUCCGCGCGUCGGCACGAGCUGUCGGUGCUUCUGCCAGAGCUGCUGCUCCUCGGUCAACCCUUCCUGCUGGCGCAGCUUACAUCCACAACAACAACAAUCCUCUCAACAACGCAGACAACAAGGACAAGAAGGGUUCUACGCCUACUCCCGGUGCAUUCGCCCGUACAGACGACAGCAUCACCGUCGAGUACCCAGAGGAAGAUGCUCUCCCCUCCUCUACCCCCGUCCAAGGCCGUGGUGGUUUCCACAUGAAACGAACCCUCGCCUCCUUCUCGCUCGAGGGUAAGGUCGGUGUAGUUACUGGUGGCGCUCGUGGCCUCGGACUUGUCAUGGGUCAAGGCAUGGUUAUUAGCGGUGCGAACUUGGCAAUCGUCGAUAUGAACAAGGAAGAAGCCGAACGCCAAGCUAUCGAGCUGGUUGACGUGUUCCGCAAAGAGAACCCUGGCGCCACCAGAGUGCCCAAGGUCACCGCUCAUUACGCCGACGUAUCGGAUGCAGACUCGGUUCAGAAAUGCAUUGACGAGGUUAUCAAGGAGCACGGAAAGAUCGACCACCUCGUCACCAGCGCCGGGUUCACCGAGAACUACAAUGCUGUCGACUACCCCAUUGACCGCAUGCGCAAGUUGUGGAGCGUCAACGUAGAUGGCACAUAUCUCUUCGCUAUCACCGUUGCCAAGCACUUGAUGGAGCGCAAGAGCCCGGGAAGCAUGGUUUUCAUCGGAAGCAUGUCCGGUGCCAUCGUGAACGUGCCGCAGCCCCAGGCUCCGUACAACAGCGCCAAGGCCGCCGUCCGGCAUUUGGCCGCUUCCCUUGCCGUCGAGUGGGCCCACGCCGGCAUCCGUGUAAACUGUAUCUCCCCCGGUUAUAUGCUGACUGCUCUUACCGAGAAGAUCCUUGACGACAAGCCGGACCUCAAGAAGCAGUGGACCUCUCUUAUCCCUCAGGGUAAGAUGGGUCAACCUGUCGAUCUUAUGGGUCCCGUCGCAUUCCUACUGUCGGAUGCCAGCGCAUACGUGACCGGCGCCGACGUCCGCGUCGACGGCGGUUACACUCUUACUUAAGAGGUGAAACCACGCUCAAAAUUCAUCUUCCAGCAAGGUUUUAGAGGAUAUAUUCGGGACAAAAGGACAUAGACAAUGGUUUUUUUUUAUUCCGGGGAGUUGGGCGGGGAUUUUGUUCUUCCAAUAAUA